GGGACCAGACGUGGGACAGGAACUGCCGGCGCUCGGGCCGGAGAGUUAAUAUCCGUGCGGGCGCCGAAGGGAAGGACGGGCUCCCGGGAUCCUGGGACGCGCGGGCAGCCGGCCUCCAACCGUUGCGCCCAUGCGGAGCCCCUCCUUUCUCUCGCGGCGGCCGCCGCCGCUGCUGCUACUGCUGCUGUCGCCGUGGCCAGCGUGGACCCAGGCGCCCUGCACAGCCGCCCCCUCGGGAGCCCCGGGCGCCCCGGACUGCCCCGGGGCGUGCGCGUGCGCGCAGGGCGGCCAGGCCAAUUGCUCCGGGCGCGCGCUGCUCGCGGUGCCAGGGGGCCUGGGCCGGCGCGUGCGCGCGCUGCUGCUGGACCGCAACCGCGUGCGCGCGCUGCCGCCCGGCGCCUUCGUGGGCGCCUGCGCGCUGCGACGCCUGGACCUGCGCGAGAACGAGCUGCGCUGGGUGCACGCGCGGGCCUUCUGGGGCCUGGGCGCGCUGGAGCAGCUCGACCUCAGCGCCAACCAGCUGGAGGCGCUGGCGCCCGGCACCUUCGCCCCGCUGCGGGCGCUGCGCGCCCUCUCCCUGGCGGGCAACCGGCUGACGCACCUGGAGCCCGCGUGGCUGGGCGCGCUCCCGCUGCUGCGCACGCUCAGUGUGCGGGACAACGAGCUGCCCGCGCUCGCGCCCGGGCUGCUGGCCGGCCUGCCCGCCCUCAGCACGCUGCGCCUGGGCGGCAACCCCUGGGCCUGCGGCUGCGCGCUGCGCCCGCUCUGCGCCUGGCUGCGCAGGCACCCGCGGCCCGCGCCAGAGGCCGAGACGCUGCUCUGCGUGUCGCCGGGGCGCCUGACGCCCAGACCUCUGGCCGCCUUCCCCGACGCCGCCUUCAGCCACUGCGCGCGGCCGCUCGCCGCGCGGGACCUGGCCGUGGUCUACGCGCUCGGGCCCGUCUCCUUCCUCGCCAGCCUGGCCGCCUGCCUGGCGCUGGGCUCCGUGCUCGCCGCCUGCCGCGCGCGCCGCCGCCGCCGCGCCGCCGCUCGCCGCCGGCCCAGGCCGCUGCCGGAUCCCGGUCCCGGCACGGCCGCGCCUGAGGGCGCCGCCGCCCAAGCCUGAGCGGGCCGCGGCCGCCCUCGAGCCUUCCCCCACCCCCUGCACGAGUCAA